GCGCGUACAGAAUUGACAUUUAAAGAUGGCGGCGUCCACAGCACAUGUGAGCUCAACACUUUUUAUAAGGAACUUGCCAUAUUCGGCUACGACUAAAGAUUUGGAGUCACAAUUCGGAGAAAUUGGUCCUAUUAAGCAGUGCUUUGUUGUGACUGAUAGAGGAGUAAAGGACAAGUGCAGAGGGUUUGGAUAUGUCACUUUUGCAUUGAGGGAUGAUGCUGAAAAGGCCUUAAAAGCCUCUCAUUCUGUGGAAGGAAGAAAACUUCGGGUAGAUUAUGCCGACAGAAAACCAAGGAAAGGCACUCCAAAAGAGAAAAAGGCGGAGACAUUGUCUGCCGGAAAAGAUGAAAGUCAACAGUCGACACCGAAACAAGUAGAGGCUGUUGCCAUGACAACAGCUAAACACAAUAUGGAAGGAAAGAAGACCAAAAAGAAGAAGAAAAGGAAAAAGGUUGAAGGGACAGAGAAUAUCUCAGAAAGGGAGAAGAGGAAGAGUCGACUUAUCGUCAGAAAUUUACCAUUCAAGUGCACAGAGGACAAACUCAAGUCGGUCUUUGAGGCUUUUGGGACCGUAACAGAGAUCUCUAUUCCUAUGAAGGAGAAUAAAAGCAUGGGAUUUGGCUUUGUGCAGUUUGAUCACCUCAGCAGAGCAGCCAAAGCCCUCAAGCAGAUGAAUGGAAAACAAAUCAUGAAUCGUACAGUGGCUGUAGACUGGACUGUUCCGAGGACGGAGUAUCUCCAAGCUCUUCAGAAGACCAAAGACUCUACUCCUAAAGAUAAUGAUGAUGGAGUAUCGGAUGAAGAAGAAGAAGAGAUGGAGGAAGAACAUGAUAGUAAUCGCAAAGAUAUGGUUGUAGAUGAGGAAGAGGACAGCGAUGAAGGCUCAAGUCAAGACAGUGAUGUUGAUGAUGAUAGUGACAUGGAAAACAAAGACGAAGAUAUUGACGAUGAAGAUGAUGACAUGAACAGUGACGAUGACGAUGAGGAGGAUGAAGAGGAAGACGAUGAGGAGGAAGAUGAAGAGGUAGAAGAUGAAAACCUUACUAAAGAUAGGGUCAAAGGUCAUCCCUUCAAGAAACCUAUUGAAGAUGUUCAAGAAGGAAAGACUCUCUUUAUCAGAAAUGUUCCAUACGACUCAACAGAUGAUGAUGUGAGUGCGCUCUUCGCACCUUUUGGAGAGCUGGAAUUCGCAAGAGUGGUUGUUGAUCCAAUGACUGAACAUUCCAGGGGUACUGCAUUUGUUAAAUUCAAGACAAAGGAAGAUGCUGCAAAUUGUCUUCAUGAGGGUGAUGCCGUGAGGUUGAAUGGACGAUUGUUGGCGUUGAGUCCAGCUAUCAGCAGAUCAGAGGCAAUUAAAUUAAGAACAGCAGAGAAAGACAAAGCAAAGGAGGAACAGAAGGACAAAAGAAAUCUCCAUUUACUGCGAGAAGGACUGAUACGGCCGGGGACCAAGGCAGCGGAGGGCCUCUCGGAGCAGUACAUGAACAAGAGACUCAAGAUAGAAAACGUCAAGAAGGAGAAAUUAAAGAACCUGAAUAUCUUUGUUUCGCCCACUCGGCUUGCCAUUCACAACCUCCCAAAGGCUGUCGAUGAUAAGAAACUGAGGGAGAUUGCAAGGGAGGCUGCAGGAGAUAAGAAGGCUAAGGUCAUUGAGGCUAGGAUAAUGCGAGAUAUGAACAACCCAAAUGCCCAAGGAGUCUCUAAAUCUUUAGGAUUUGGUUUUGUUGAAUUUAGUCAAUAUGAACAUGCCUUGGCUACCCUCUUACACCUCAACAACAAUGCUCAGUUAUUUGGUCCAGAAAAGAGGCUAAUUGUUGGUUUUUCACUUGAAAACAGACGUGCUUUGGAAAUUAAGCAGAGGAGAAGAGAAAAAGCAUUAAUGAAGAGACAAGCAUUUGGUGGAAAACCUGAAGAGGAAGAAGGAGGUUAUGAUGAAAAGACGAAGGAAGAAACAAAAACGAGGAAACCCUACUCAGAGCAGAGACUCCAAGCACAGCAGAAGACUGGUGGUGAACCACAUCUCCCAGCUAACAGGAACAUGGUCAUGCCACAGGAUGGCAAGAAGAAAGGGUUACCACGCCACUUUGGGGCCAAGAACCGAUGGAGGGAUAGGGGGAAGGUGGCGGAUGAGAAGAGACACAGACGGAAGGAAAAGAGGAUGGUGUUACAGAAGCAGGUCUGGAAUAGCAUGAAGACACCGGAGCCCGCUGGACUGAAGGUGGACAAGAAAACACUCCGGAAAGAAAAACAGAAGAACCAGAAGAGGAAGCAGGGCCAUGCCGUUCGAGAAGAGAAACAGUUCAAUGCUAUGGUAAGCAAGUACAAGCAGAAGAUUACGCAUGGCGGUGAUAAGAAGUUAAAAGGAUCCUCCAAAUGGUUUGAGACAUGACGAUAGCCAAUCGGAGAAACUGAUUAUCAGGUGGUAUAACUCUUCCCCUGUGAAUGAUACUAUCCAAGAACUCUGACUGCACAUUAAAAGGACUAGCUAUUGGGAAGUGUCUUCAGGAUACCAUUGGGAUCCAAAUGUUUUGAGAAAUGGCGACAACCAAUCAGAAAAACUGUUUAUCAGAUGGUAUAACUCUUCCCCUGUAAAUGAUACUGUCCAAGAACUCCAACCACCCAUUGGAAGGACUUGUGGUAGGGAAGUUUCUUAAAGAUACCAUAGGGAUCCGAAUGGUUCGAGAAUCGAUGACAAGGAAUCGGACAACCUGUUUAUCAGAUGGUAUUACACUUCCCAUGGCUAUAUACUAUCCAAGCACUGCAACUGCACAUUGAAAGGACUUGGAAGGAGAGAUAUCAUUGGGAUCUUAAUGAUGACCUGUUUUAAGGUGUCCUUUUUAUGCCUGUCAUUCUGUGGGGGGCGUACGACAUGCCUCAUGAGCAGAAAGACUGGCAGCAAUUUCUUCUCAGCAUGGAUACAACAGAUCUUAACCCUAACCAGGCCGGGCUUUUUUGGGUGUUAUAUGAUCGGGGGAAGUUGAAUCAACCCCCCCUCCCCGUUGAGAUCUUGGCCACCGAUCACACGAACUGUGAAAUUUGGAAUGAUAAUAGGGUGGGAUGUGAUCUAUAAGGCUCUAUGGUACAUUUUUCCAAAAUAAUAAGAUAAGAAAAACACGUUUUGGAGCAAUUUGGGGUCUGAUGUGCACUUAGGUAAUGUUGUGAAAUUUUUCAACUGCAUACCCGGGCAUCAUAAAUUUGUUCUCAAAAGAUGUGCAAGAUUUCAAACUAAAAAGUCCCCGAGUGGUGUGGUCGAAAAAUUUCGCUUAGUGGAAUGGUUUCGUAAAAUAUCGACGGGAACUGUCCCCCCCCCCCCCCCCAUUCAGUUUUAGUUUAAAGGGAAGUAAAAUUGAACGAGCUCCAAUCAACACAUUACAAAUAUCUUGUUUAAUUUAAUGUGAACCCCACUACUAAUACACUGAAUCCUAGAAUCCUAUGUAUUUCAGCAGGACUAUUCUGACUCCUUUUCAAAAACCUUGUUUAAAGUCUAAUCAGUGCCUCUAUCUUCACACUCCUGCAGCCAUCUAACACAAAGGUAAGCGGUUAAUCGCUAAUAUGAAAGAGCAAUUCCGAUUGGUUCCUGGUCAGUCUACCGAUCGUUGAUCUUGAUAGGCCAUUUCAUUUGGCGAUUAAUUGCUAGCCUUUGUUUAAUGAGGCCCAGAUGAUGGUUUUGAAUAGACCAGUUCGUAGUUACUUCAUGGGCAAAUUUCGUCAAAUGACGUUUGAUUUCUUUCAUUAUGAUAGGCAGAUUUCAAAGCAAGAUAUUACAUAAGCAUCAGAGUGAAUUUCUUCUUUAAUUUAAUAGCAGGUUGAAUUAUUGAUUGAUAUUAAAUCCUUGACAAAAGUUAACACAUAACAAAUUUGCAAUAUCAGUUUUGAACUACUGAAAUCAUUUGAUUUGAUAGUAAUCUUAUAGAAAUUGUGCAUUUUAUGAUUAUAACAUGUCUUUAUGAAUCAGAGACCCAUGUUUCACCUUUUUUUAAAGAAAAAAAAGCAUAAUGCAACCGUGCUUUGUCAAUUUGUAACAACCUUUUUUUUACUCUCUUGAACAUCUCGCUCGAUUUAGAUACAUUUUGUUGCCCAAAGCAGUGAUAGAAUCAUCUUCCCGAAUGUUUCUGAGAUUUGAUAGUAUGUGUAAAAUGAUUGUAUAAUUUUAAAUAAAUUUUAUACAAAAUUCAUUAUAA